AUGGUGUUGUCACCAAAGACAUACCAGUUCUUUGUGAGCGUCUUCGCCUCAUUCGGAUCUAUCCUCUAUGGUUAUGAUCUCGGUGUGGUUGCAGAAGUCAUCGCAUGCGAUGCCUUCAAACAGACGUUCCACAAUCCGUCUACAAUCCAAACUGGUGUCGUCGUCAGUCUUUUCACUGGAGGAGCAUUCUUUGGCGCUGGCUUUGCUGGUCCUGCGGGCGACCACCUUGGACGGCGGCUCACCAUCUUCCUGGGAGGCGUAAUCUUCAUCAUCGGAGCUACCUUCCAGACAGCCGCUCAGACCAUCGACUGGCUCUAUGGCGGAAGGGCCAUUGCUGGUCUCGGUGUUGGAUUCCUUGUCAUGAUCAUCCCAAUCUACCAGAGUGAAAUCGCGCAUCCAAGCAUCCGAGGACGAGUGACUGCCUUGCAACAGUUCAUGUUGGGAAUAGGCUCGUUUGUCGCCGGUUGGCUCAGUUAUGGCACGUAUCUCUUGAACAAUACUGGAGCCUUCAGAAUCCCACUCGGCAUUCAGAUCAUCCCCGCCCUCAUUCUCGUCUCGUUGAUCUUGAUCUUCCCCGAGAGUCCCCGUUGGCUCAUCAGUCAUGGGCGCAAAGACGAAGGGUUGCAGACGCUAGCCAAGCUGCAUGCUCAUGGUAAUGUCGACGACCCUUGGGUCAGGGCCGAGUUUGCUCAGAUUGAAGAGGCCGUCGCGUAUGAUGCCGAGCAUGAAGCAAAGAGCUAUAUGGAGCUCUUCAAGUCUCGAUCGUCCUUCCGACGUCUCUUGAUAGCUUGCUCCUGCCAAGCUUCUUGCCAAAUGACGGGUGUCUCUGCCAUCCAGUAUUACAGCGUCGCCAUCUACGGCCAAGUCGGCAUUUCUGGGCAAAACACACUCAAGUACCAGGCCAUCAAUAACAUCCUGGCCCUGCUCGCCCAGGCGUCAUGCGUUCUCUUCAUCGACAAGGUCGGGCGUAGGUGGGCCCUCAUUGGCGGUAACUUGGUGAACAGUCUCAUGUUUAUGAUCGCGACGAUCCUGAUUGCCGUCUACGGGACGACAUCGAGCUCGGCUGGCUGGGGGUUCAUUAUCUCCACGUGGCUGUACAACAUCUCGUUCUCGGCAACCUGCGGUCCUCUGUCCUUCAUCAUCCCCGCCGAGAUCUUCGACACACACACGCGUUCCAAGGGUGUGUCGAUCGCGACCAUGGUCUCGUUCGCCUUCAACACCAUGAUCGGCCAGGUUACGGACCCGGCCAUCGCCAACAUCGGCUGGAAGUACUACAUGAUCUUCAUCAUCUUCAACUUUACCAACGCCGUCUACUUCUGGCUGACUCUGCCCGAGACGAAGCUGCUGCCGCUCGAGGAGAUGAACUACCUCUUCAACCACGCGCCUUGGAUCAUCCCCGGCGCCGAUAGGAGCUCGUACACGGCUAAUCUGACUGAGGAUCUAGAGCGGAGGGCCGGAGAGAUCCGGGAGAAGGGACUGCAUGACACAGCCCACGAAGAGCAUGCUGACGAGAAUUGA